AUGGCGACAGCAACCGUUUCCUCUUUUGAUUCCAAUGACAAACUCUUUGACAAAGGCAAAGCCUUCUGGAAUAACUAUCUCAAAGGCCGGCCCUCCGCGCCCGACGUCUUCUUCCAGCGCCUCUUCAACUACCACCAAUCACAUGGAGGGAGCUUUGGCACCGUGCACGACGUAGGCGCGGGCAACGGGCCGUACGCACACAUUCUCCGCCCCAAGUUCCAGCAUGUCAUCAUCUCCGAUAUUGCGAAGGAGAACGUCGUCCUCGCCGAGGAUCGUCUCGGGAACGAUGGGUUCACCUACCGCGCUGCCCGGGUCGAAGAGGGCGACGACAUACCCACCGGCAGCGUGGAUAUGGUCUUCGCUACCAAUGUCAUGCACUUCUGUGACCAGGACCUCGCGAUGAUGGAGGUCGCGCGCCAACUCCGUCCUGGGGGUACAUUUGCCUGUGCUGCCUUCGGAGCGGCCCAGUUCGAGGAUCCACGCAUCCAGGACGUCUACACCCGAAUUAAUCAUUCGGGGGGCCGAGCUCUCUUGGCAAAGGCUGAUGACCCGGACAGGCUGUUCGCUGUUAUGGCCCGCACGCAGGGCAAGUACAAUGUUGCCCCGUUGGACGAGGGUUUAUUUCUUCCUGGGGCGCAGCGGAUUCAUCUCAAUAUGGAGAACGGCGGCAUCACCGCUCCCUUGCCGCCCGAGCUGCGUAUCGACGAACCUAACUAUACCGGGGUUGACGAUGUCGAGGUGUUUGUGCAUGAGGAGGGGUGGAGCUUUGUGACUGAUCUUGAGGGUGUGAAGGAGCAUGUGCUUUCGUUUCCGUUUGCAAGGGAAGAUCCGCAUUUCGGGGAAUUGUGGCAGGAGAUGGAGGAGAUCAUUGGGAACGAUGCUGUCAAGGGGAAUUGGCCUGCCAAAAUAAUCCUGGCUACUAGAAGGUAG